AUGUCUCUGUCUCCUCCUUGCCUCGUCGACUCCAAUGUUGAGUGGGAAGGCUAUGAAUUCCUGCAGUAUACUGUUUGGGUUGAACGAAAGGUCGUCUGCACAAAAAUCCCAAAAAAUGGAAUUUCUUGAUUACGGCAAAAAGGGAAAUUCAAAGCCUGGGGUGUAACACCCAAUUUCACGCUAGGAAGAUUUACGAAUGGUGCAGUCAUUUCCUGUAGACGCUAUUUGGCAUUCCCUUUCCAACUCUGAACCUUCAUUUUCCUAGAGGUAAAAUCCAAUCCUCAAAAAAAGGACUAG